GGGUAAAAACGAGACAACGUAAGCCACGUUUUUGAUUCUCCAAGCAUUUCGACCAAUCCCAGUAUUCCAUCUGUCGGCUAGAUUGUUUUAUAAAGACCAACUCUAGAGGACAUUGGAUAAAUGCCAUGUGUAUAAAAGAGAGAUACAAUUAGAAACAUUUGUCUGUGAUAUUAGUCUACAACGUAAGUUAUACACACCUCUCGUUGUUUUUUGGCAUUUCUAGAACAAAGUUGUCAAAGGUUAGACGUGUCGGGGUACGUCCUAUUAAAAAAUAAUGAAGUAUUUUACAGUUCUUGUGAUUAUUGCAUAUCUAUAUGCAGUCCACGCUAGUGUGUAUUUAGAAGAAAAAUUCAACGAUGAUUCAUGGGAAAAGAACUGGAUUUAUAGCAAACACCCUGGAAAAGAAUUUGGAAAGUUCGUUAGGACAGCUGGAAAAUUCUUUAAUAAUGAGGAGGCAGACAAAGGUAUUCAAACAUCUGAAGAUGCCCGAUUCUAUGCAUUGAGUAGAAAAUUCAAGCCAUUUUCCACUGAAGGCAAAGAUCUUGUCAUCCAGUUUACUGUGAAACAUGAACAAAAUAUUGAUUGUGGAGGUGGUUAUGUAAAAGUAUUCGAUUGCUCUUUGAAUCCAGAGGAAAUGCACGGUGACUCUCCAUACAGAAUUAUGUUUGGCCCCGAUAUAUGUGGACCAGGUACUAAGAAAGUUCAUGUCAUUCUAAACUACAAGGAUAAAAACGUCCUUAUUAACAAGGACAUCAGAUGUAAGGAUGAUGUUUACACCCAUGCCUACACCCUCAUUAUUCGCCCUGACAAUACUUAUGAAGUACAAAUUGAUGGUGAAAAAGUAGAAUCAGGAGAAUUAGAGGCUGAUUGGGACCUUCUUCCUCCCAAGAAAAUCAAAGAUCCUGAAGCUAAGAAACCAGAAGACUGGGAUGAUAGAGCUACCAUCCCUGAUCCUGAUGACACAAAACCCGAAGAUUGGGAUAAGCCAGAACAUAUUCCAGAUCCAGAUGCCACCAAACCUGAUGAUUGGGAUGAUGAAAUGGAUGGAGAAUGGGAACCACCAAUGAUUGAUAACCCAGAAUUCAAAGGAGAAUGGAAACCAAAACAAAUUGAUAACCCUGCUUAUAAAGGUGCUUGGGUACAUCCUGAAAUUGAUAAUCCUGAAUACAGCCCUGAGCCUGAACUCUACAAACAGAAAGAAAUUUGUGGAUUAGGUUUUGAUUUAUGGCAAGUAAAAUCUGGUACCAUCUUUGAUAACGUCCUCAUCACAGAUGAUGUAGAAUAUGCUAAGAACGCUUUGGCUGGACUCAAAGAAACACAAGAGGGUGAAAAGAAAGCAAAAGAAGAACAAGACAAAGCAGAAAUAGAAGCUGCCAAUGAAGAUGAUAAAAAAGAUGAUGAAGAUGAUGAUGAUGAGGAUGAUGAUGAUGCAAAUGAAGAAAAAGUACCACAAGUUGAUGAAAGUGAGCAUGAUGAAUUAUAAAAAGAGUGGAAAGUGAGCUGAAAGACUUUUUUUAUAUAUUCAGGUGUGCAGUGUUUUGUUCGAUAGUGUGUACCGUUUCUUGACUGAUUUUUGUUAAUUUUUGAUCAUAUUACUUCUAAUAAAACACAAAAUCCAA